AUGAAAACUCUCUCCGAUGAAGAGCUUACGGCCCUGGCGGGGCAAUACUUUGCUCCAGAGGGAUUGUACCAAUACACCAAAGCCCUGCCAUUUCUUGGAAGCCUGGAGCACAAUCCCAAGACAUUGAUCGCGGGCCAAUGGACGGAACUGGUUGUUGAAUACACUGUCGGUGCCAGUGGCCUGGCUGAUGGUGCUUGGAUCAAGGGCACCUUCAAAUUCUACUCCGACUGGGCUCUGUUCCAAACGACGGAUCCGGAGAAGGACAACUACGUAUCAGCCGAGUACAUCGCGGGUCCCCUCCAUCCCGGUCAGACAGCUGCAACGGUCCAGUCGCUUGCGGUCCGGUUCGACCAAAAGGGCCACGAGCGGCCGUUUCAGAAGGCAAUUCUGAUCGACGUGGUUGACGGUUAUCUGAACCCGGGAGACAAGAUCGUUGUACGCAUGGGUGAUCGACGAUGGGGAUCCCGAGGGACGCGGGUCCAGACUUUCGUGGAGGACAAGUUCAUGAUGAGGUGGUACAUCGACCCGGUUGGAACCUCGAGAUUUGCACCCAUCAAACCGGACAUUGCCAUCCCAAUCAAGCCGGGGCCCAUUGCAAAAGUCAAAGCCAUUUCUCCGCGUGUCGUCAGACCAAACGUGCCCUUUCCAAUCCACAUCCACACUCACGACGCGUGGGGAAACGCCACGGCCAACUUGGCCGGAUUAGACGCCCGAAUCACCGUAACAGAUGAGGGAUCCUCCGAAGCCAUCUUCGACAAGCAGCUUCCACUCCCGAGCCAAGGAUGGACUGUAACCGACACCACAGUAUCUCUGCCGACAAACGGAGACUACACCGUGUCCGUCUCAGUCUCCGACAUCCCACACGGCGGCACCAUCAUCACCACCACCACGGACCCCAUCACCGCAGAAUCGUCGAUCCCCACCCCGCGCCCCCUCUUCGCCGACCUCCACGUCCACUCGGACGACACCGUCGGCACCAACUCAUCCACCUACAACUUCUCCUACGCCCAGCACAUCGCCGGCCUCGACAUCGUCGGCUACACCGCCAACGACUUCAACAUCACCCAAGCCCGCUGGACGCAAACCCUCGCCGUCAUCGCCUCCGCCAACAUCCCCGACAAGUUCCUCAUCUACCCCGGCACCGAAUGGUGCGGCAACUCCGCCGCCGGCGGCGACCACAACGUCGUCUUCCUCGACGACCCGACGAAGACGACAGACGUCUCCACCGCCCCGGCCUUCCCGCUCGACCGCGCCGGCAACGUCGCCCGCAGCUUCGAGUGGAACGAGCACGGCCCGGCGCAGCUGCGGCCGGGCGCGUGGCCGCUGGACGAGCUGUACGCGACGUACGCAGCUGAGGAAAACCGCCACCUGCUGAUCCCGCACGUGGGCGGGCGCCGCUGCAACCUCGCGUGGCACCACCCGCGGCUGGAGCGGCUGCUGGAGGUCGGCAGCGCGUGGGGCGUCUUCGAGUGGCUGCUGCGCGACGCGGUGCGGCGCGGGUGGCGGAUGGGCGUUUGCGCCAACUCGGACGAGCAUCGGGGCAGGUGCGGCGGGGGCGUGCCGGGGACGGCGGUGUUCGGGGCGCGGGGCGGGUUGACGGGCGUGUGGGGCGCGGAGAGGGUGGAGUGGAGGGGGGUGGCGGCGGCGUUGAGGGCGCGGAGGACGUUUGCGACGACGGGGGAGAGGCUGGUGGGGUUGGUGGAGGUGGGGGAGGAGGGCAAGAUGCAGGGAGAUGAGGUGGAGGUGGGGGUUGGGGAAGGGGUGGAGAUGCGGUAUCGGUUUUAUGGGAGGAGUGGGUUUGGGUCGGUUGAGGCAUGGGAUGCGGGGGGGAUGGUGUUCCGGCGCGACUUGCAGCGGGAGGCGGAGCAGCAUGCGGCGGGAGGGACGCGACGGAAGCUUCGUGUCAGGUGGUCGGGAGCGCGGGUCUACGACAGAUACCGGGAGGCGGUGUGGAGGGGAUCGAUCCUGGUGACGGACGCCGUCAUCUCACACAUUCAGCCGUUUGGCGGGGUGCUGGAUAACCCGGAGGAUGUCGUCGAGCUGGCUUCGGAGAGCCAGGUCAUCUUCAACACACGCACGAGUGGGGAUUUCGACGGCGUAGACAUCUUCUUCGUUGCUGCGUCCGAGACUCCUUCUUCUGUCAGUGUUACGGGGAAAUUGGGGGGAUAUGUCAAGGUCGGCAACGUGCUCAACGGCAAUCCUCACAAGCCGCAGCCUGAGUUCCGUUUAUCUGCCAGUCGACACGAGCUGGAGCAAGUUGACGGGAAGCAGAUUGAGAUCAAGGGUGGAGCUGAGCUUGCUGUAUCGGCUGGAUUGCUUCUGGACGUACCACUCCCAAGACGGGUGGAAGGGACGUUUAGUAUUCCAGCCAACACUCACGCCGCUGGAGAGAACCAGGCAGUCUACUUUGUAGGCAGAGAGUCUCAUGGAGGCAAAGUCAUAACCAGUCCGGUUUUUCUCGAGUAUAUAGCUUAG